AUCAAGAUGAAAUUCAAAUCACAACGUUCCGUCUUCCCACCCACCAUCCUUCCCUGGCAGUGCUCCAUACCAUAAAUCAUUAACUUAAACAAUAUCCUUAGUGCAGUCUAAUUAAACUUUCAGGAAGCUGAAAACGUUUCUACACCGUAGCUUCUGCACUGAAAAGUUGCUCUACAGAGUAGCUUUUCUGUAUGUCGUGAAGUAGGAUUCUAAGGAUCCUUGCCAUGCUGACAGGCUGGAAACGUGUACUCCUGCUGAUAUUUUGUUAUGUGGGAUAUUUGCUGAUAGGUGCUGCUGUUUUCCACGUGCUUGAGCAUGGUGAAGAAGGUAAAACUAAAACAGAAACCUAUCGCCAGAAACUGGCAUUUUUGAAAAAUUAUACCUGCCUAACUGAAGAAGCUGUUGAGAGAUUUAUUGAGGUUAUGAUUGAUGCUCUUCAGAAUGGCAUAAACCCAUCUGGAACGAAUACUACUACUAGUCACAGUAACUGGGAUUUUACCAGUGCUUUCUUUUUUGUAGGCACAGUAGUAUCAACUAUAGGAUAUGGAAAUCGAGCACCCACAACUGAAUCUGGUCAGAUCUUCUGUGUUUUCUUUGCACUGUUUGGAAUACCUAUGAAUUUAAUUAUUUUGAACAAUGUCGGCAAGCAUCUAUCAUCCCUUGCAACAAAACUUGGAAAACGUCUUCUAGCAAAAGGAAUGAAAAAGAAAAAAGUGAAGAUUCUGACAAUCUUAAUUUCCUUUAUGGCUGGUGUUAUAGUCUUUCUUUUACUGCCACCUGUACUAUUCCUGUUCUCAGAGAAUUGGUCUUACAUGGAGGGAGUGUACUUUUCAUUUAUCACACUCAGCACAAUUGGUUUUGGCGAUUAUGUUGUGGGCAUGAACACUGAAAAGAAAUAUUCAAAGAUUUAUAAGCCAAUGAUAGCCAUCUGGAUACUCUUUGGUAUGGCAUGGUUGGCCCUGUUAUUCAACUUGCUGACUGAAUUUUUUAAGGGUACUGAAAAGAAACUUUCCAAAGCUCACCAAAAAAAGAAGGCUACUAAAGCAAACAAGACAGCUAUGAAUGGCUCUGAAUCUGCAGACAUUUUAUCUUCUGAUAAAUAUGCUCUGAGUGAUGAGACUGACACCCAGCAAGAAAGUGUGACAACAUCAUUAUAUGACUAUUCGUGUAAAGAAGAAGUAAAUGAAACUUCCAUAUAACAACAACAUGGGCAUUCUUUCUGAGCAGUGUACGUAUUCAGUAAGAACUAUACAACAGGAAUGUUUAAACCACAUUUCAUUUUCAUUUUUGAUAAGAUGAAAAAAAUGAUUGCAUGACUAAAUUCCUAAACUCAUAGCAUUUCAGUCCAUUUAUGAAAUUCAUGUAUUGGAUUGCAUAGAAAGUAAGGUCUUUUUGCUAUAUUUUUAUGAAGCAAUGUAUUCAUAAAAAUGUUCUAUAACUACCCACAGUUCUUUCAGCUUUUCCCAGUUAGGGGGUCACCACAGCGGAACUCUGAUCCACUAAUGAUUGGCAGUAGAUUUUUUU